AUGAAGUUGCUUUCUGCAAGUCUCUCAGCUGUGGCUACCGCUUUCUUGCUUUCGUCCACGUUCAUCCAAUCGGCCAAUGCCCUUUCGUUGACUAUUCGUAAUGACGUUCCUGGUAACGCAAGCUCGCCUAUCCUAUAUGGUUUGAUGUAUGAAGACAUUAAUCGUUGUGGCGAUGGUGGAAUGUAUGGCCAAAUGCUACGUAACUGGAAUUUCCAAAAGGAUGAUUCAGGCACCAAAGAUCCAUCGACAGAAUUUUGGAGUGCUGUUGGUGAUGGAGCAAAAAUUGCGCUUGAUGACUCGGUCGGCUUGAAUGAUGCCAACAAGAACAGCCUGCGUUUAGAUGUGUCUUCGGUGAAGACGCCAGCUGGUGUGGCCAAUGAAGGAUGGUGGGGCGUGCGCGCGCAGCCUGAUGAGACAUACACUGCAUCAUUCUUUGCCAAGGCCAACGGUUAUAGUGGGAAAGUCAACGUAUCAUUGCAAACCAAUGAUGGCACAGUCCUGGCAUCGGCUACCCCCGAGGGCAAGCUGUCUUCAGAUUUUCAACAAUUCAGUGUGACACUCAAACCCAAAAUCUCAUCCACAAGCGUUGAUAACCGUUUUGUUGUCUCGGUCGAUUCAGAAGAUGCUGUUGGCUCCUCCAUCUAUUUCCAAGUCUUUUCCUUGUUUGGUGAAACGUUUGCCGAUCGUGAAAAUGGCUUACGGCAAGAUAUUGGCAAGGCAUUAAAUGAUUUGAAUCCAAGCUUUUUCCGAUUCCCAGGUGGUAACAACUUGGAAGGCGUAUCCAUUCCUCAGCGUUGGAAGUUUCAGCAAACAAUUGGUCCUCUUGAAGACCGAGUAGGUCGACUUGGUGACUGGACUUAUUGGAACACCAAUGGUCAAGGUCUUCUUGAUUACAUGUACAUGUGCGAGGAUAUGGGAAUGGAACCCAUCCUUGAUGUUUAUGCUGGUUAUUCCCUCGAUGGAUCAAGCGUUGCUGAAGAGGAUCUUGGCCCAUACGUGGAUGAGGUGCUGGAUGAGCUUGAAUAUUUGACCGGAUCAAAAGACACCAAGUGGGGAUCAUUGCGUGCAUCACACGGGCACCCUGAACCAUUCGACAUCAAAUACAUUGAGAUUGGCAACGAAGAUUGGUUCUCAACUACCUAUGACUACCGAUACAAGACCUUUUACGACGCUAUCACAAAGGCUUAUCCCAAUGUCACCAUCAUUGAAACCGCUGAGCAGAGUUCAAGACCAUGGGACAUCUACGAUGAUCACUACUACUUGGAUACCAAAGCAAUGAUUGGCAACUAUGACCACUACGACAACUAUCCUAGAAAUGGCACAGGCAUCUUUGUCGGCGAAUUCGGAACCAAUGUUAAAGGCUGCUGUGGCAAUUCAUCCGCUAAUCUUGAAGCUGCUCUAGCAGAUGCUGUUUUCAUGACGGGCCUUGAACGCAAUUCUGAUCUUGUCAAAAUGAUUGCAUAUGCACCCACUAUGAAACGCGUUGGCCACGAACAAUGGAACCCUGACAUGAUCCAUUUUGAUACCGAAGCAGUUUGGUUGACUCCAAGCUACCAUGUAUUCCAACAAUGGAGCAUCAAUCGUGCUGAUACCAUUCUCCAAGUCGAUCAUUCCGAUGGUGAAUUUGGUCCUUUAUAUUGGGUGGUGGGAUCAAAGAAGGAGACUGCGCAAAUCUUUGUCAAGAUGGUCAACACCGGUUCAGAGGCCGAGAAAGUCAGCUUCAACUUAAAGAAUGCCGCUAUCCAUAGCCAAGGUGUAGCUCGUGUUAUUACUGGCAGCAGCCUCGAUGAUGAGAACACAAAGGACAAGUCCACUGUGACGGUCAAGGAAUCCACUUUCAACAUGGAUACGCUCACUUCUUUCACAUACACCUUUGAACCUUACUCUGCCACUGUGCUUUUGCUUCACUUGCAAAAGUAG